AUGGCUAUCAGAUUCACCGAUGGUUUGCUGCAGAACCAGUCUCCAUUUUUCGCAAAUGUCCCGCCUGAAAUUCAUGACAUGAUCUUGAUCAACUUGUUUGGCAAACGCCGACUCCGUAUUGAAUGGGCUCCGCAGCAGAACGGCAACGAUCGGGAGCACAAGGCAAGGAAUCGGCCGAAUGUGCUCCAAUGGACGCAUUUUCUUUUUUUCAAAGGGUCAUCUCAACAUUUUCAUGAUGACGAAGAUGAUCAACAUUGGAGAUAUUAUUUGUCGUCGGGGUUCAUUCUUACUUGCAAGCGAGCCUUUGAGCGAGGUAUAAAGAUUCUAUACCAGACAAACACUUUCGAGUUUGAAUCUAUGAAUGAAUUUAUGGAGUUUCAAAGAUAUCAGAUUGCUCCGGAUCUGAAUCAUUUACUCACACACAUCGAUACCCCAGUAUCGAUCGAAUUCAGCGAUCUGGUCUGCUAUGGAAGCGAACUCGAAAAGACGAGGAGACCACAACCCAUCGGUUUCACUAUGCAGUGCCAUACUCUGUCAAAGAUGAAGCAGGAUCUCAACCUGUGCUUUCAUGUGCACAUGAGCAACGGGGAGCCAUGGCCCAGACACACUGCUGAGAGCAAGAGACUUGCAGGCCAGGCUGUCAAAGUCGGUCUUGAGACGCUCCUUAGCAAUGGACGAGUGACUUGUGUAAUUGAUGGCUGUGGCAUGGAUGGUUUCUCGGAAAUUGUGAAGGAAAUAUGGUCGAAAAAGCUAGAGGGAGGACUGAAGCUUUACAUGUGUCCUUACAAGCCUUCAAGCCGCUAUGACUCGUCUUCUGAGGGGGAACAAGAUGAUGACUCUCCAACUGAUAGUUAG